CCAGGCCAGAACGUGGACCUACUAGGAUAACACCUAAGGAUGAAGGAGGGAUAAAGGGCUUUUGGCGCCUGCUGCCACACAGCAUCGAUAAAGAAGCACACUGCCUUGAUCCUUCUUAUAUAUCUCGAGUUCGUCGUCCACUAGCAGCAGCCAAAACAUAUUUACCAUCAUGCACAUGCCAGCAGCGUGGUCUUGGAACAGCAAGCCGGAUUCCCAUCCACAGCGCAAGUUCGUCGAACUUAUAUUCCGUCAGACAGCAAAGUAUGCCAACUGGGACCCACCCUCCGAAAUUAUAGUUGGGUCGUUCGGAAAGAUCGACAAAGACACGGGCAACUUGGAUGUCCAAGGCAACAUCUACUCGGAGAAAUUCAAGCAGAGCCUCAUCGAAGCAGGUAUCGAUCCUGACUCUGAUGAGCAUCAUGCCAAAGACGGUCCAGAAGAGGCUGCAUACACGACUUGGUCUAAAAACGUGAAACGCAUGGAAUUGAGCGUUGAAUCCCAGGCAGGUGUCCCUGGGAUUGCCACAGCCAGUCUCAAAGGGACAUGGCAGGUCAAGAGAGGCACCACUGGUGCCGUCUUGCUCAUGAACAACCCUCGCAUGAAACACCUUACUUCAGACGUGCUUGGGAAGCUCGCGAAAAUUAAACUCCUUCAGUCCAUGCAUCUCGUCACCAAGGUGUUUUAUUGUCCUGCCUAUUCCUUGCACCUCUCGGAUGCGGGCGGCGAAAGUUUCUCCGUAGCUCUUCUAGCUUCCGCGCCAGUUGUGGCGCCAGUGGGCACUCUUGAAGCGCAGGCUACCAUGCGUUGGUGGAAUGACACGCAAACUGGAUUAACACGCUACGGAAGCAACCCAGAGCAUUGUUUCACUCCUUUAUAUGAACUCCUGCAUGUUAGGCACCCUCGUUACAGGAGAUCGUCGCCAUCCCCAGAACGCACAGGCGAACAGUUAUGGGUUCCCCCUCCUCUCCCUUGGCCAGCUCUCCGUGAGGAUGGCACAGAGGUGCCGGUAUGCAUCGACGAUGAUUCAGAUGCCAGUGAUUCUGAGGAGGAAUAAGGUCGCAAAGGCCAUAUCGCAGUGGGAAACUUGCGAUAGUGUGUGACGAACUUGUAUGAUACUGUAAUACCCGCAGCAUUUCCGUAUUGCCUGUACAAUAUGCUUAGUGCGCCAGAAUAUCGCUCCACACUAGGGUUCAGGUGUAUGUCUGGGAGUCUUCGCAUAACUCCAGUUUGUGUCUGAGACUUUUAAUAUUGCAACGCUAUAGCCCUCUCACAUGGAUCGUUAACAAGAUCGAAGUAGUGGUUGGGGGAUCUAGAAACAUUGAGAGUUUGACGGGAUAUGGAUUGC